CGGGUGUUGAUAAAACAGGGCAUAUCUUUGUCGACGUAUAGUAAACGGUAUAGGUAUAAUCUGUGUGCAUUUAUAUAUUAUCACAGAAAUAUAAGUUAAAACAGAAAUGAGUGGACCAGAAGAAAAUAGUGAAAGUAAAAAUAAAAAUGAGAAUACAUCAAAAUCCGCGAAUGACAAUACAAAUCAAGAAAGUACAACAGAUAAACACUUAGAUGAUAAUAAUAGCAAAAUAGUUGCAGAAAGUGAAUUGAUUGUUGAUAAUAAGAAAACAAGUGAAGGCUCACAAUCUACAAUCACUAGUAGUAAAGUACUACAAAUAAUAAAACUAUCUGCAUCAUCUAUCAAAAAAAAUCCUAAAAUAGUUAAAAAGGAUAAUGAUGAUAUUGAAGAAUUCGAUACCAGUGAGGAAGAAGAAGAAGAAAAUAAGGUUGACGAUAGCAAGACUGGCCAACAAAAUUAUUCAGAAAAUAUAACAUACAAAGGUGAUAAAUGUAUAUAUACAGAACCAGGAACUGGUCGACAACUCAUAUGGAAUAGCAAAGAAAAUAAGUGGUGUGCUGAAGGUGGAUCCACAAGUGCUGAUACAACAGAUGCUAUGAAAAAUUAUGAAUUUGAUGGGAAAAAUUAUGUAUAUACAGAUAAAACAACAAAUGUAACAUAUAAAUUUAUUCAAGACAAAAAUGAAUGGGUAGUGAAGGAUGACAAACAUAGUGAAACUAAAGACAAUGAAAAUGAUAAUGCAGAUGUACCCAAGCCUGCACAAGAAGGAGUGUACGGAUUUGAAAAUGAUACUCAUACCUAUACAGAUCCGAGUGAUGGCACAUCUUAUAUUUGGGAUCGAGAAAAAAAUGCUUGGUUUCCAAAGGUGGAUGAUGACUUUAUGGCAAGGUAUCAAAUGAGUUAUGGGUUUACCGAUAAUACUAAAAGUGAUACCACUGAAAGUGAAGUACCAAAAAAUCCUUCUAAUGAACCAGAACCUCCAAAAAAACUGACUAAAGAAGAGAAAAAGGCAGAAAAUAAAAGAAAAAAUCAAGAACCUCCAACCUGGUUUGAUAUUGAUGAAGCUCAUAAUACUACUAUUUAUAUAUCAAACCUGCCACUAGAUGUUACUAUGGAGGAGCUUAAAGAGCUAGUUACUAAAUGUGGACUACUUGCUCGUGAUGAAAAAGGAAAAGAUAAAUUGAAAUUGUAUACUGAUGCAGAUGGGGAACCUAAAGGAGAUGCACGUUGUACAUAUAUUAAGAUUGAAUCCGUAGAUUUGGCUUUGAAUAUUCUAGAUGGCUGGCAAAUGCGAGAUAAAACCCUUUCGGUACAAAGGGCUAAAUUUCAAUUAAAAGGUGCAUAUGAUCCAUCCUUAAAACCCAAAAGAAAAAAGAAAGAUAAAGAUAAGCAAAAGAAAAUUCACGAAAAACUUCUCGAUUGGAGACCGGAUAAACUAAAAGGAGAGCCCCUCAAGUGCGAGCGCGUCGUCAUUAUUAAAAAUCUAUUUAAACCUGAGGAUUUCGAUAAAGAUGUAACAUUACUAUUGGAAUACCAGCAAGAUGUGAGGAAAGAAUGCAUUAAAUGUGGCGAGGUCAAAAAAGUUACCAUCUAUGAUCGCCAUCCCGAGGGUGUGGCACAAGUAACGUUCAAGGAACCUGAAGAAGCUCAAGCCUGUAUACAGUUACUAAAUGGCCGAUGGUUUGAUCAGAGAAGAAUAACAGCUGAAAUAUGGGAUGGAAAGACUAAAUAUAAGAUUCUCGAAACAGAGGAACAAAUUGAAGCAAGAAUAAACAAAUGGGAUAAAUUUUUGGAAGAACAAGAUGAUGCAGAAGAGAAAGCUAAAAAAGAUGCAGAAGCUAAGAAGAGUAAAGAUUGACAUUCCCAAUAAACUAGUAGUAAUCAUGCAUAGACUAUUUACGUAGUCUUAUACAAAAACAUGAAUUGCUAUUAUGAAUAGUCAAUAAAAAUAAAGUACACUAAUUUUUUAAAUAGAUAGACAUGUGAAUAUUAUGAUUACUCACUCCAUAGAAAGAGUUCUUUAUAAAGUCAAAUCUUUUGCAUGGACGAGUAAUUUAUUUGAAAUAUUUCAAUUCCAUUCUACGUCAUAAAAAGUUAUUUUAUGUAUUAACUAGCAAAUCAUUAUUUGUUUUUGAAGUGACUGUACCUUCAUUAAAAAUGAUUUGUUAACUGUUUUUAAUAAAAAAGAUUAUUCCAUA